AUGUCGCUAUCUUAUACCAUUCAAAGAUCACGACCUUUACAAUCAUUGUUAGCAAUUUUUGCGUUUAUUUUAUUGUAUGGGAUUUUUUACACAGAAUGGUUCUCGUCAAUCUUCUCCAGUUCUUCCACCUAUACUCCUGAAGAGAUCAAUUCAUUGUUACAAAAUAAAGCAUCGCAGAUUGUGGCCUUAAAAAAAGUCGAAUUGGAUCCACAAAGAAUUCAGCAACCGUACUUGGAUGAAUCCCAAUUCCAUAUCAAGAAUUGGAACUCACAGGGUAAUUUAUUAGUCAGAAAUCAUGAUUUUAUCAGAUUGACAGCAAAUUCACCACAUCAAGUAUCAAAUAUGUUUAGUAAAUGGCCUAUACAAGCGGAAUCUUUUGAAAUGGAAUUGACUUUCCACAUUCAUAACCCCGAUGUCAAGCAUGGAUUAGUGGGAGACGGGUUGGCCAUUUGGAUUUUGGAUAAACCUUCCGAUAUCGGUGAUGUGUUUGGAAUUCAAAAUAGAUUUAAUGGGUUAGGUAUCAUGUUGGACACUUUUAAAAAUGGGAAACGUGGACAAUUCCCCUAUGUAAAUUUGAUGCUUGGAGAUGGGAACACAAUGUAUAAUAAAGCCACCGAUGGAUACGAGACUAGGUUAGCUGGUUGUAUAGCUAAGCAACUCUUAAAUCCAGAUUCCAAGGAAACAAAAAUGCGAUUGGUCUAUAUCAAAAGUGGCUAUUUAUCAAUUGAUUUUAAUUAUUAUGGCCAUCACGAGCAAUGGCAGAACUGUGUCACGUUGACCGAUGUUCAAUUGCCAGAAACAAAGUAUUUAGGAUUAUCAGCAGAAACUGGUCAAUUAGUGGAGAACGUUGACAUUAUUGAGAACAGAAUGUAUGCGUUGUAUAAACCAGAUAAUACGUUUGUUGAAAGCAUUGACGAAUUGCAAGAAUUGAUUCGUGAACAAAAUGAAUAUGACAGCGAAGUUUCAUCAGUUGCUCUGAUAGUCAAGGAAGAAGCCAAAGCUAAAGAAAACAAACGAGGAGGAGGAAGACAUCGUGCUUUCAAGAAAAAAUUAACUCGUGAAAGAAGAAAAUCCUUGAAACGGUUGGAAAUGGCUGAGAAAAGAAUCAAAGAACAAGAAAGACAAUACCGAUUGAAAAAGUAUGGUCAUGAAGAUAUUAAUUUCAUAACUUAUUGGUUCGGUAAAUUCUUGGUUUUGGUGAAGUACAUUUUGUAUUUGUUAAUUGCUGUUGUUAUUGUAUGGUUUGCGUUAAUAAUAUUUAGAAUCCAAAAACAAAAACGCAAACUGAAAACUACAGGUUUAUUGGAUUAG